GUACGAUCUGAGCAGUGCUGAUUUCCCAUCAAACGGUCCCUCAGGCAGUCUUAGGCACUCCUUAGGCUCAACAAUGCUCAACCAACAUCAAUCAUUGGCAAUACCCGCCGGACACCAGCUCUCGAUGCAUCCGGUGGUUACACCGAUCCGUCUAGUUACCUCGCUGCUAGGAACCAGACCCGAGGGCCGUCUGGUAUAAAAAGGAUGAGUGAUGGACAUUGUUUCUCCAGCCUUUGCUCAUCACUUUCAUUCUAACGGUACUGGUUACCUCGAGUUUUGACACUUCUUUCAGCCGCAUUUCCGUUUUAUUUUUAAGACAAACGACACACACAUAACUAUCGAUUUUUAAUCAUCCUCACGUCCUUCCAAUCUUUAAUCAUUGAAAAUGCGUACCUCCACUGCUCUCGUUGCUGCCGCCAUUGCCCUCCAGGCUGCCCCCGCGUUCGCAUUCUCUACAGUCUCUCAUGAGCCCCAUACUGCUCUGACCGAAGACCAGAUUGCCAAUCUCAUCGGGAACAUCAAGGUUCUCGAUGCCCGUAGCUUGGCUGGUGUCGUUGCCGGCGAUGUAGCUAAAGUCGGCGAGAAGGUCGUUGGCGACAGCUUGGGCGACGCUGCCAAGAAAGGUGUUCUUGGCGGCAUUGGUAGUCUCGUCGGCGGUACUGUCCUCGGGAAAAUCUUCGGGAACGACGAAAAUUCCAAGAGAGAGUUUUUGGAGUACCUCGAGGCUCGUGCGGACCAGGACUUGGCUGCUCGUGCCAGUAUUGCCUCAGUCGGCGCGAAAAUUGUCGGUGACAGCUUAGGCGACGCCGCGAAGAAAGGGAUCCUCGGUGGCAUUGGUAGUCUCGUUGGCGGAACCGUCCUCGGAAAACUAUUCGGAGACGAUAACAAAUCGAAAAGGGAGUUCUUGGAGUACAUCCAGGCUCGCUCGCACGAAGAACUUGCUGCGCGUGCCAGUAUUGCCUCAGUCGGCGCGAAAAUUGUCGGUGACAGCUUAGGCGACGCCGCAAAGAAAGGGAUCCUCGGUGGCAUUGGUAGUCUCGUUGGCGGAACCGUCCUCGGAAAACUAUUCGGAGACGAUAACAAAUCGAAAAGGGAGUUCUUGGAGUACAUCCAGGCUCGCUCGCACGAAGAACUCGCUGCGCGCGCUGCUGCUGGCGGAGUGGCCAAAGCUGGCGCAAAGGUCGUGGGGGACAGCUUGGGCGACGCCGCAAAGAAAGGUAUCAUCGGUGGCCUUGGUGGCAUCCUCGGCACAGGGAUCAUUAGCAAGAUCUUCGGCAGUGACAGUUCCUCUGCUAAGAGAGAGCUGGCUGAUUACAUGGUCGCUCGUGCAAGUGAAGAAAUCGAUGCCCGUGGGCUUGGCGAUGCUGCUAAGAAGGGCAUUCUUGGCGGCAUUGGUUCUCUAGUCGGUGGUGGUCUCCUUAGCAAGAUAUUCGGCGACGACGAUAACUCCAAGAGGGAAUUCUUGGAUAUCCUCGAGGCCCGCGCCAACCAGGAGGUAGCUGCUACUCAGCUGAAGCGCGAGCUUCUGAACUCGUUCCUCGAGACACGCUCUCUUAAUGAUCUCGAUUAAACGUGAUGACCAGAUCGAAUGUUAUGUAUUUAAUUUAUUGGCGGGACUCUGGUGGAUCUAUGAUGUCUUGUUGAUGUGUUUAUUGCGGCUUUACGAUUUGUCUUACUCUAACUGUACACAAUCUGCAUUGGCUAAUACCGUGUUCCCAUUUUUGUCUGCC